CGUAUGAGAAUAUUCCAGGUCAAUCUAAGAUCACGUUCCUCCUACAAGCAAUCAGAAAUACUGCUGCUGCUGAGGAGGCUAGACAAAUGGCAGCUGUCCUUCUACGACGUCUUUUGUCUUCUGCUUUUGAAGAAGUUUAUCCAGCUCUUUCACCUGACGAUCAGACCUCUAUCAAAAGUGGACUGCUGUUGAUUAUUCAGUUGGAAACGCAGUCCAGUAUGAGGAAAAAAAUCUGUGACAUCGUUGCUGAACUGGCCAGGAACUUAAUAGAUGAAGAUGGCAACAACCAGUGGCCAGAGGUUCUGAAAUUCUUAUUUGACUCUGUCAGCUCUCAGAACGUGGGACUGCGUGAGGCUGCUCUACAUAUUUUCUGGAAUUUUCCUGGGAUUUUUGGGAAUCAGCAGCAACAUUAUUUGGAGGUCAUUAAGAGAAUGCUGGUUCAGUGUAUGCAAGAUCAAGAACAUCCAUCAAUCAAGACUCUGUCUGCUAGAGCUGCAGCUGCAUUUGUGCUUGCUAAUGAGCACAAUCUUCCCCUUCUGAAACAUUUUGCAGACUUGCUACCUGGAAUCUUGCAGGCUGUAAAUGAUUCCUGCUACCAAAACGAUGAUUCUGUCCUGAAAUCCCUAGUAGAAAUUGCAGAUUCUGUUCCCAAGUAUUUACGACCACAUUUAGAACCUACUUUGCAACUAAGUCUGAAGUUGUGUGCAGAUGCCAGUCUCAGUAACAUGCAGCGUCAGUUGGCUCUUGAAGUAAUUGUCACCUUGUCAGAAACUGCUGCUGCUAUGCUGAGGAGGCACACAAACAUUGUUGCGCAAGCCA